AUGAUCGAGAAGGGGACCAGGAGGAGAGCAGGGUACCAGGAGAGAGAAGGGUACCAGGAGAGAGAAGGGGACCAGAAGCAGAGCAGGGUACCAGUGGAGAGCAGAGGACCAGGAAAGAGAAGAGGACCAAGGAAGAGGAGACCAGGGGAGAGAAGGGGACCAGGGGAAAACAGGAUACCAGUGGAGAGCAGGGGACCAGGAGAGAGCAGGGGACCAGAAAGGGGAGCCAUUAAGAGCCCACCCCUGCCCCAUCCGUCUCUGUCCACCGGGGGUUCAGUCUUAAUGGGUCGCUCCCUCGGGAACGCCGCUACACUGUGCUAUGCUCCCGAAUCGUUCCCGGCAAACCUCACAUUACCGCCAUGGAAAGAGCGCAGAGCUAGAGCGGGCAGGUGA